GAGAACGCGCCGCGGCGCGAAGAGAAGCGGUAGAGAGAGGACGACGAGAGAUCGAGAAGAGCAGACGAUGCAGCUCCCCGAGAAAGGGUUGAGUAAAGAAGAACUGAUUCAGGAGCUGAAAAAGAGGAAGAGAGUUGAGACCGACCCUCAUGCAGGGAAGAUUUUCGCAUACGUGUACACCAGGGAAGGCGGAAAGUUCGACGCCGUGGAAACGGCAUUUGACAUGUUUGAAUUUGGAGACAAUAGUAGUGCAGACGAAGAAGAUGGAGAGGAAAAAGGAGCGAGAGAGGGA